AAGCGGAGGGUUCCAGCAUCCCAACCCAGCAUGGCUGAUCCCCACCAGUUUUUUGAUGACACGAGUUCAGCCCCCAGCCGCUGCUACGGAGGCCAGCCGUCACCCGGUGGUCUGGGUUACCCCACCCAUUCGUCUCCCGAGGCAGCCUUCCUGGCUGACCCUAUGUCCAACAUGGCGAUGGCCUAUGGGAGCAGCCUGGCCGCUCAGGGCAAGGAGCUGGUGGACAAGAAUAUUGACCGCUUCAUCCCCGUCAGCAAGCUCAAGUAUUACUUCGCUGUGGACACCAUGUACGUGGGCAAGAAGCUGGGCCUGCUUGUCUUUCCCUACCUACACCAGGACUGGGAGGUACAAUACCAGCAGGACACUCCGGUGGCCCCCCGCUUUGACAUCAACGCCCCAGACCUCUACAUCCCAGCCAUGGCGUUCAUCACCUACAUCCUGGUGGCCGGCCUUGCACUGGGGACGCAGGACAGGUUCUCCCCAGACCUCCUGGGACUACAGGCGAGCUCGGCCCUGGCCUGGCUGACCCUGGAGGUGGUGGCCAUCCUGCUGAGUCUCUACCUGGUGACUGUCAACACUGACCUCACCACCAUCGACCUGUUGGCCUUCCUUGGCUACAAAUAUGUCGGGAUGAUUGGCGGGGUGCUCACGGGCCUGCUCUUUGGGAAGAUUGGCUACUACCUGGUGCUUGCCUGGUGCUCUGUGUCCAUCUUUGUAUUCAUGAUCCGGACGCUGCGGCUGAAGAUCCUGGCCCAGGCGGCGGCCGAAGGGGUGCCCGUCCGCGGGGCGCGGAACCAGCUGCGCAUGUACCUGACCAUGGCGGUGGCGGCCGCGCAGCCGCUGCUCAUGUACUGGCUCACCUUCCACCUGGUGCGGUGA